UAUCCAUUAUGUUUUCCACCAAAGGUUUUUGUCAAGGACACCAUUGUUAUGCGUUGGUUUAAAAUCUUCUCCUGGCUUUCGCCGUUGAUCUUUGUGGCAGCAUAUGGAGUGGCGAGAUAUUUCCAUCCUGAAGAUAAUAAACAUUGCUGGAUGAAUGAUAGUUUUUUGCUAUGGAUAUUCUCGGUGCCGGUGUGCAUCUCCUUGGUUUCUAGUUUUUUUUUUCUGAUUAACGUCCUGCGCGUUAUUGUACGAAAAUUACACCCACAAUCAGCCCAACCGGCACCAUUGGCCAUACGCAAGGCUGUAAGGGCAACUAUUAUUUUGGUUCCUCUCUUUGGGUUACAACAUUUUCUAUUACCUUAUCGUCCGGAUUCAGGCACACCAUUGGAACGUUUCUAUCAACUGUUGUCUGUCAUUUUGGUUAGCCUACAAGGCUUUGUGGUGUCGUUCCUAUUCUGUUUUGCCAAUCAUGAUGUGACAUUUGCUGUGCGCAGUCUUUUGAAUCGUUUGAUGCCCAGCAUCGUCUCACCACCGCCACCCACCAGCAGCACAGGUCAAGUGGCUACAACAACUCCUAGUCGUGAAUUAGGUGUUUAA